ACGCAGCUUCGCUCGCUCGCUCGCUCGCUUACAUUUGCAUCGUUUCUUUCCUGCCUGCUCCUCCUCUUGCCAUCUACUACUAUCUCUAGAGUUUUAUAUUCCCCCGUCCCGGCCCGGCCGCCGAACCGGUUCAACGCGGUGCGCGUGCGUGCGCUGGACCCGGACGCCGGCCGCGAAUAUAAGCGCGCCAGCCCACGGCCUCAGGUCGGAGGACACUGCCCCGCCCCGCCCCGCUCGCCACACAGCACGCAACGCACAACCGCGGGAGAGAGAUCACACACACACCCCUACGCUCGCACACAGGCUAAGCUAGCAGAGCCGGCAGAGGGCGGCGCGGCGGUGAUCACAGGGCGCGCCCCGGGCACGCACGCACAAGCGAAGGCGCCAACGAUCCGAGGAGCAUCUUCUUGCGCAAUGAGAUCAGGGAGCACCCCAUGGCUGCGGGCGGCGCUGCUGCUAGUGCUGGCGGUGCUGCUGACCGCGGUGGCGGCGGCGGAGGGGAGCAAGAGCGGGAGCGGCGACGGCAAGGCGCACAACUACGAGGAGGCGCUGCGGAAGAGCCUGCUCUACUUCGAGGCGCAGCGGUCGGGGCGGCUGCCGCACGGGCAGCGCGUGCCGUGGCGCGACCACUCGGGCCUCACCGACGGGCUGGAGCAGGGGGUGGACCUGGUGGGCGGCUACUACGACGCCGGCGACCACGUCAAGUUCGGCCUGCCCAUGGCCUUCACCGUCACCAUGCUCUCCUGGAGCAUGCUCGAGUACGGGGACGACGUCGCGGCCGCCGGCGAGCUCGCGCACGCGCUCGAGGCCAUCAAGUGGGGCACCGACUACUUCAUCAAGGCGCACACGCAGCCCGACGAGCUGUGGGCCGAGGUGGGGGACGGCGACACGGACCACUACUGCUGGCAGCGGCCGGAGGACAUGACGACGUCGCGGCAGGCGUACAAGGUCGACCGCGACCACCCCGGCUCCGACGUCGCCGGCGAGACGGCCGCCGCCAUGGCCGCCGCCUCCAUGGUCUUCCGCAAGUCCAACCCGCACUACGCCCACCUCCUCCUGCACCACGCCCAGCAGCUGUUCGAGUUCGCGGACGGGUACAGGGGCCAAUACGACAGCAGCAUCGCGGAGGUGAAGAGCUACUACGCGUCGGUGAGCGGGUACAAGGACGAGCUGCUGUGGGCCGCCCUGUGGCUCCACCGCGCCACCGGCAAGGCCGCCUACCUCGACUACGUCGUCGACAACGCCCACGACUUCGGCGGCACCGGCUGGGCCAUCACCGAGUUCAGCUGGGACGUCAAGUACGCCGGCGUCCAGAUCCUCGCCGCCAGACUGCUGCUGAGGGGGGAGCACACGGCGGAGCAGAAGAGCACGCUGGAGCGGUACCAGGCCAAGGCGGAGCACUACGUGUGCGCGUGCCUGGGCCGGAACGCGCAGGCCGGCGGCGAGGACGCCAACGUGGAGCGGAGCCCGGGGGGGAUGCUCUACAUCCGGCAGUGGAACAACAUGCAGUACGUGACCAACGCGGCGUUCCUGCUCUCCACCUACGCCGACUACCUGGCCGAGGCCGGCGUGGGGACGGUGACCUGCGCGGGCGGCGGGACGGCGGGCGCCGGCGAGGUGGCGGCGCUGGCCAGGGCGCAGACGGACUACGUGCUGGGCACCAACCCCAGGGGCGUCAGCUACCUCGUGGGCUACGGCCCCAAGUACCCCGCCAGGGUGCACCACCGCGCGGCAUCCAUCGUGCCGUACAAGCACAGCAAGCAGUUCAUCGGGUGCUCGCAGGGGUUCGACCACUGGUUCGGCCGCCGGAGCUCCAACCCCAACGUGCUCGUCGGCGCCAUCGUCGGCGGGCCCGACCGGAGGGACCGGUUCAGGGACAACCGGGACAACUACAUGCAGACGGAGGCGUGCACCUACAACACCGCGCCCAUGGUGGGGAUGUUCGCCAAGCUCAACCGGAUGGCGAGGGAGGAGAGGGAGCAGAGAGCUGCCACCGCGAGAAGCGGCACGGCGGCCGAGGUGUAAAUGGGUUAGAUAGGUUAUAGGUCGAGGGGCUGUACAAUUUUCCCCAUUCUUUUGUUCAUUUCUUCUCCUUCUUUGGAGGUUUCUUGAUACACAGAAAGGAUGGAGAUGGGUGUAGUAUAUGAGGGGAAAAAAAAGGGCUGGAGGCAUUGACAUGCAAAUGUAAAUUCGCUGCCUGUACAUAUGAGAAAAGGAAAAUGAGAAUUUAUAUAUCGGUGA